CGGUAGGAGGUGCCCGCCCUCGGGGUCGGUAGCGAGGCGCUCCCCGCAGCCAUGGCCGCCACCCGGCUGUGGCGACUGCGGAGGCCCAUGGCUGCUGCCUUCAGCGGCGCCGCGGCCGCGGGAGCCGGGCUGCCCCCCCCGCCGGAGAAGCUGACGGUCCGGCGGCAGGCGGAGGGCGUCCGACACAUUGUCUUGAACAACCCGCGGAAGAGAAACGCCCUGUCCCUCGCCAUGCUGCAGUCCCUCAGGGAGGACCUGCUGCACGACGCCAAGGGCAGAGACCUCCGAGUUAUCAUCAUUUCAGCUGAAGGACAUGUGUUUUGUUCCGGCCAUGAUUUAAAGGAACUGUCAAGUGAAGAUGAUGUGAAGCAUCAUUCUCAAGUAUUUGAAAUAUGUGCAGAGGUUAUGACUUUAAUCCAGAAACUUCCAGUACCAGUGAUUGCCAAAGUAAAUGGUUUGGCUACAGCAGCAGGCUGUCAGCUUGUGGCAAGCUGUGACAUCGCAGUGGCAAGUGAGAAAUCUCAAUUUGCUACUCCUGGAGUAAACAUUGGACUGUUUUGCUCCACACCAGCUGUAGCCUUGGGCCGAUCUCUUCCCAGAAAGGUGGCACUAGAGAUGCUUUUCACGGGUGAACCUCUUUCUGCCCAAGAAGCAUUAAUGCAUGGGCUUGUCAGCAAGGUGGUACCUGAAGACAGGCUGGAAGAGGAGACCAUGAAAAUUUCUCGCAAGAUAUGUGAAAGCAGCAAAUCUGUCCUGGCACUGGGGAAAGCCACCUUCUACAGACAGAUGGCACAGGACCUCGAUACUGCUUACAAAAUGACUACUCAGGUCAUGAUGGACAAUUUGACUCUGAGAGAUGGGCAGGAAGGUAUUGAAGCCUUUAUUCAGAAACGUAAGCCCAUCUGGUCACACUCUCAGGAUAAGAAGAAAUGAAUUUUGUUUCUAAGCUAACCUUAGCUGUGCUUUGUGAUUCUUCAUGCAGCUGCCUUUGGGAACUAUAUUUUUGUUCUUACUGAAAGUUAGAUUUCUCUUCUUACAUAUGCCAAACACACAACAAAUUUAUUCUAAGUAUAUAAUAAAUCUUGAGAAAAAAUCAAACAAAAUGGUUUUUUUCAGCGAUGAAUUUAAUCUAUGGUUUUAGAAGGAAUUCUGUGCUGCAAAAAUCAGUUUAAUAUGUCCCAGGUUAUUUAGGGAAUCGCAGGAACUUUGAGAGAGCUCAGAUCGCACUGUUCAGUACCUGUCCCCAUAGUUCUGGGUGAGAAUUUCCAUUUUGUAGUAGUAGUAGUAGAGAAUUAAAGGGCUUGGACACGUUCCAGAGGUGAUGGUAGAACAUAUAUCAUAAUGGAUUCCAAUCCUGUUUAGAUGUUACAGACAAAAGCCUGGAACAGUAGUCUGUUGCUCCGUAUGAUUAUAUCUGCUUAUGAACUGUAUGUUUGUCUCUCUCAGCACUGUGGCAGACGGACGUUUUGCCUUAAACAUUUCUUGGUACAAAAGGUGCCAGCUUUGCUGACUCAGGUGCAUAGCAGGUGUUAUAACCACAAGAAAGAAUGAGACAGUGGAUUCCAGCCCUGCAGAGGCAGGACUGAGGUGGUAUUUUUUCCACCCUUGCAUCCCAUGGUUUUGGUGCCUGUAAACAGCUAACUGCACACAUGCAAGGGUACUAAGUCAUCAGCCUUGGGAAGGGUCUGGUCUGGUCUCACCCCAAAAUCAUAUGAUGCAACCCCAAAAUAGUCCCUCUGUGACCGCCCAAGAUCCACUGAGCCUGUGUGGAACCAGGCCGUACCUACUCUCACCUAGCGUCACACCCACCAUGCAUAUGCAUCAAGUUUCUUGGAACCGGGUGGAGAUUUUGGGACUUGGCCUGUAUAAAAAUGGUACCGUCAGCCGCUUGGGUGGGACACCCACCACCAAGAUAGCCAGAGUGAAGAGGACCAACAGGACGCAGCUGGAUCCACAGGUGGUGAUAUUUCUUUCUUUUAUCUCUCUCCUCUUUUUCUAGCUCUCUCUCUCCCUCUCCUCCUCUCUUCUUAGAAACUUGUGGCAUGGAACUUGCUUAUCCAAUUAAGUUAUUCAGUUAAGUAAUUGCCAUUGAGUUAUUGUAUCUACCCACAUGCCUUCUAUUGUGUGUUAAUAAAUCAUAAAAUUGG